AAUUCAUUAGUAUAUUUGUUAUCUAUUCAGAGUUGCACUAGUCUGCAAAUAUGACAUUUCGAGAGCCCUAAAAUGCAAUACCUAUACCUGUGCAUUUAUAUGUGCGUGUGAGGCAGAUAGCUAUAAGAUUCCAAUGCUUGCUCACUUAUUUCUCCAAUGAAGAGCCUUGGCUUUUCUUCUAUCACACUCCCCAACUUGUUUCCUCUCUCUCUUCUUUCCUUCCUUUCUAUUAACUAACUGUAUAUGUAUGCAGUGUGCCUCCCUUUCCCACCACUCCAAACUGCUCUCUUAUUUUGCUCUUUCACCUGUCUGCCUGAUCAAAGCUGCUUAAUGCAAUGGCAAUUGAUCAAGAGCCACUAGUUUUUGACGCUUCUGUUCUUCAACACCAACCCAACAUACCCCAACAGUUCAUAUGGCCUGAGGAAGAUAAGCCUCGGGCCGAUGCACCGGAACUCCCCGUUCCACUCAUUGACCUGAGAGGGUUCCUCUCCGGAGACUCUGAAGCGACCGCUGAAGCUUCGAGGCUUAUGGAUGAGGCAUGCCAGAAGCAUGGCUUCUUCCUCGUUGUUAACCACGGCGUCAACGCCAAGCUCAUCUCGGACGCUCACUGGUAUAUGAACAAUUUCUUUGAAUUGCCACUCUCUGAGAAACAGAGAGCUCAGAGGAAGCUUGGUGAGAACUAUGGUUAUGCUAGCAGCUUCACUGGCAGGUUCUCCUCCAAGCUUCCUUGGAAAGAGACCCUUUCUUUUCGAUACUCCACAGAGAAAAAUUGUUCCAACCUCAUCGAGGACUACUUUCGAAACACAAUGGGUGAAGGCUUCAAUCAUUUUGGGAAGGUGUACCAUGACUACUGCAAGGCCAUGAGCAGCCUCUCUCUCGGAAUCAUGGAGCUGAUGGGGAUCAGCCUUGGCGUAGGCCGAAAGCAUUUCAAGGAAUUUUAUGAAGAAAAUGAUUCCAUAAUGAGGCUAAACUACUACCCACGAUGUCAAACGCCUGACCUCACUUUAGGGACAGGGCCUCAUUGUGAUCCAACUUCUUUAACCAUUCUUCACCAAGACAAGGUGUGUGGGCUUCAAGUGUUCAUCGACGACAAAUGGCACUCGGUUAACCCGAGAUUCGAUGCUUUUGUUGUUAACAUAGGUGACACCUUCAUGGCUCUUUCCAAUGGGAAAUACAAGAGUUGCUUGCACCGGGCGGUGGUGAACAGCGAGACCCCGAGGAAGUCUCUUGCCUUCUUCCUGUGUCCGAAAGGGGACAAGGUGGUAAGGCCACCAGCGGAACUGGUGGACAGUAAGAACCCAAGGAGGUACCCGGAUUUCACUUGGGAGACGCUGCUUGAAUUCACACAGAAGCAUUACAGAGCUGACAUGAAAACCAUGGAGGUCUUCUCAAACUGGCUUGAAACAAAAAACAGCUGAAUUAAUUGAAGUGGUGAAGUGAAACAAUUGACUACGUACCUAAUAAUUAAAGCGCGAGGAUCCUUUUGAGCAGACGUGCUGGAUAAUGGUAUGAAUGAUCUUCGGGAAAGAUAACGACGUCGACAAGAUCGAGCAGUGGAAUGGAGAUGGGAAAGUUGGGUACAAACGCAACAAAACUAUGUGUUAGUUAGAUUAGAUGAAAAGCAAGUUUUCCUGCUAGUGUAGUAUCUUGUAAGAUAGCUAGCUUAUUUUAAUGAUCAUGAACAAAAGGCAGGAGACUAUGGAAAUGGAAGGAAUCAAUAAGAACCCAAAUGAGCAAGCUUCGUGCUUUCUUUCAUAGAAGGAGAUUAUCAACAUAAUCACCUGCCAGCUCUUCUUGUAAAUUGCAAAACAGAGAAUAUAAUAGUACUUAUCCUUUUAAUUAA